AAUAUCAAGUGUUACUAGAGCCUUCGGCACAGGCCUUUCCACCACGAUGCAUAUAAGGAGACCGGCUGGAGCAUGUUGACGGCGAGACCAGGCUCCAAGAAUUGCGCAGUUCGAGAAGAAACAGGUCACCACUCCGUCUAGUUCAAAUAGCCAUGCGUUUCUUCGCUGCCAUUCCGGUCGCUGCUGCUCUGGUAAGCGCAGCGUCUGUUGACCUCGCCAGCCGUAACACUCCUCUAGAAGUGACACUCGAGCCCACGGGCAAUUCUGGCAUCAAGGCCUCCUUGACCAACACCGGUGCGACGGAUCUCAAGCUUUUCAAGACAGGAACAAUUCUCGACGACACCCCUGUCGAGAAAGUCGAUGUCUUCCAAGGAGGCGAUAAGAUCCCCUUUCAUGGCCUGCGUUUCAUGAUCGCUACCUCCAACAACAUCUCCGAGCACGCCUACCAGGCCAUAGCCCCAGGCCAGACCAUCGAGAAGACAUUCGACGUUGCGCACACGCACAACCUCACCGCAGGCGGGCCCUUUGACGUCGUCGCCCAGGGCGCAUUCGUCGACCAGCUAGGCAACAUCGUCCCGUUUGCCACAAACAGAAUCACAACCAACGUUGACGGCUCCGUCGCUGCGGCCGCUCACGCCAAGCUGCGCGAGAAGCGCACUCUCAUCCAGUCCGACUGCACCGGCAGCAGGCUGGAAAUCAUACGCGCCGCGCUCGAAGACAGCCGUGCCCUGGCGAUCGCCGCGCAGAAGGCCGCGGGCAGCAGGCCCGACAAGAUGGAGGAAUUCUUCAAGUCGGCCAGCGCGUCCACGGUCAAGACGGUGCAGGACGUGCUCGGCCGGGUCGCGGAGCAGUGUGACAGUAUGGCGAGCGGGUCCUCGAAGAUAUACUGCUCCGAUGUGGACCACGUAUGUAAUGGCAAUCUUGGCUAUACACAAACGGACACAAACUACAUUGUGUUCUGCGACUAUUUCUUCGACCAGGCGCCUGCGCUCUCGUCCGAGUGCCGGGUUCAGGAUCGCGCCGGGUCGUUGCUGCAUGAGUCGACACAUCUGGGGGUUGUCAAGGGGACUGACGAUUACAAUGGAUAUGGGUAUGACUUUGUGAAGAGCUUGCCUGCGGACAAGAACCUCAAUCAUGCGGAUACUUAUACACAUUUUGCCAGCGCGAUCCAUGUCAGCUGCUAAACUAAAAAAGUACGGACGAUGAGCUGGGCAGGAUUUGUGAUCGAAGGGACAAAAGACGCAGAUAUGGAGACCACAUAGUAGCCGGACUCUAUGUUCCCAGGAGACGUUCACAGUACUAGCACAGU